CUGCUCACUCACUGUGCACGUUAACGCCUUAAUGCAUAGUCACAGCAGAAGUAGUUUCUCAUUGGCAGCUUCUUGACCUGAGCAGGAGUUAUCAGACUGAUGCAGUGAUACAGUGAGUGAAGGCAGGGCCAGAUAGAGACAGAUGAACUAAGACUCAUUGCACCAGAAACAUGGGGACUGCUAACAAUUCCAGUGUGGAUCAACAAACUCUGCUGAAUGAGACUCUCAGAAUUGAAAGCCUAGCCUCCCUGAUCAUCUACUGUGUGAUAUUUGUGCUCGGGAUUCUGGGCAACAGCCUGGUGAUCUAUGUAACCGGCUUUAGGAUGAAGAGGACGGUCAACUCAGUUUGGUUUCUCAACUUGGCCCUUGCUGACUUCCUCUUCACGGUCUUCCUGAUUUUCUUCACCAUCAGUGUGUCUCAGAACAUGCAAUGGCAAUUUGGGCGAUUAAUGUGCAAGCUCAACAAUUUUGUCACUGUUGUCAACAUGUUUGCCAGCAUCUUUCUUCUGACAGCCAUAAGUCUGGAUCGUUGCCUGUCAAUCUGGGUGGUGGUGUGGGCACAAAACCAACGCACCGUCCGCAAGGCUCAGAUCAUAAGUGUCGUCAUCUGGGUUAUGUCUGGGGUCUGCAGCAUCCCUUAUGCCACAUUCCGUGAUGUGCAGGAUUAUACCGGAAAGACUUACUGCAGUAAUACAGCAUCACCUUCAAUAGGUUAUAUUCUCAUGGUUUUUCGCUUUGUGAUAGGCUUCCUCAUCCCAUUCCUGGUAAUAUUUGUCUCCUAUGUGGCCAUCGCUGUUCGUGCAGGGCGCUUGCAGAGGAUCAGGAAAGGGAGAUCUCGCAAAAUUAUUUUCUCCGUUGUUCUUGCAUUUUUCAUCUGCUGGUUGCCGUUCCAUGUCAUUCAGUUUAUACAUUAUAGUGGUAACUCAAGUCUAGCUAUUGUGGUACAGAUUGGAGGAACUCUGUCAGUGUGUCUGGCCUAUCUGAACAGCUGCCUGAACCCCAUUCUCUAUGUUUUCAUGUGUGAUGAAUUUCAGAGCAAGCUCAAAAAGUCCAUAUGUUUGGUGUUUGAAAGUGCACUGGCAGAGGACCAUCUGACAUUUAUGUCCUCUCGCUCACUGUCGUCGCAACUCUCUCGGAUUUCCCGCAAGUCUGACGCCACUACACCUUUGGAGGGGAAAGGCGUGACAAAGUUCAAAUUCACUGAGUGCAAAGACUCCACUGCUGAGGAGGAACACUGAACACUCUUAAAAAACUAUCAAACUGAGCAGGCGAUCCAAGUAAAUCAAUUAAAAUGGCAUGUUGGAUUGAUUUGGACAGUGCAUUUGUCAACAUCCUGGAUUUGGAGGGUUUUUUAUGUGAAGGUUUUCAUUACAGACUGCCCCUGAACAUGUCCCUGCAAAUGUUACUUAGAUUACAUUUGUUACAUUUACAUUGUCUUGUUGAUGUUAGUAGGUGAUGGCUUCUCUCCUGAUGUUAAAUGUUUGAUCAAUAAAAAUGUAAAACGGUUGCAGCUUCAAUAUGUAAAUACCAGGCUCUUUUAAAUGUGUAAUAAUGAAUGUAAAACAUUAUCAUUUGAACUGAGGCAUAUGUUUCGUCCCAUAAUAUUUGUUUAAUAAUUAAAAUACAUAUUUGUCUAUGAAGACUUGAUGAAUAGACCAGGUUUAUCUUUAUGUUUGUGAGCUUUUAUGCUCAGCCUUAUUUACUUGUGGUUGUAAGAGGCUAAUGGGCAAUGGCAGUCACACUUUGAGGAAAUGCAAACUUCAACUAUUUGAAACUCAUUCAUGGCAUACAACUUCCUAAUCUUUCUAUAACACCUUGGUUCUUCAUUGUACAAAUACAGCCAAACAAGUUGGGUCUCCUUAGCAGAAAAUUCAUUGACACAAGUUUCUUUAUUUUUUGACAUAAAAGGUUCUGGUAUCACAGCUGAACUGUUUUCAUUUUAUGCAUUCUGGACUUGAAAUGUAAUGAAAUAAAACAAUAAAGUCCGAGAAAAUGUCA